GUGGGGUUGGAGCUGGGGCAGCCCCGAACCCCCCCCCGGUGCGGGCGGCGCUCGCCCCCCGGUGGCGCUGCGGAGCAUCGCGGGGCGCCCGUGGGUGUGAUGAGCUGCGCGUUCUCUGCCGCCCGCGCUCCAUCCAGCCCGGGAGCGGCUGCUCUCAGCCCCUCCUGCUCCCCGGGCCGCCUCCCAACUGGUGUAACUGGUCUGGGGUGUCGCAGGUGCCUGUGAGGCUGGGGAGGGGCGGGGGUGUGAGUCCCUGGGAGUGUUUUCAUCUCCCAGCUCGGUUGGGUGAGGCUUUGAUGCACCUGCAUCGCCUCUUUGCCCAUUUCUUGGGGUUCUCCUGGGUUGGUUGCAAGGAAGGCUUGCAGCUCUUGCUUUGGAGAAGGGGCUCAGAGCAAUGCCAACCCCAUGGAAGGGGCUCCCUCAGCCCUAUUUGAGGCUCUUAACAAUUUGCAAUGGAUUUCAAUGCACCCACAGCACCUCUUGGGCAUCUCCUGCUGGGUUGUAGGAAGCUUUUUUUCUUUGGAGAGGGUGCCAAGAGCAACACCACCCCCAUGGAAGGGGUGACCCAACUCUUGUCCUCCCCUAUUUGAAGCUCUGAUAAUUUGCAAUCAAUUUUAAUGCACUCACAGCACCUCUUUGCCCACCUCUUGGGCUUCUCCUGCUGGGUUGUAGGAAAGGUAGGGUGAAGGGUAGAUGAGGUGCUCAGGGACACGGUUUAUUGGCAGAUAGGAACGGUUGAUGAUCCAAGAGGUCUUUUCCAGCUUGGCCAUUCUAUGAUCUUGUUUUGGGCAGGCUGCUAAGAGCAACGCCACGGGAAGAGACGGUCACCCAACCCUUGUCCUUCCCUCUUUGGUGGCUCAGGCACUUUGCAAUCAGGACUCGGGGUGAAGCCGUUCUCUUGAAGCUCCGGGAUGGCACCUGGGCUGUGGUGGUGGCCUGAGGAUGAGGUGAUGGGCGUCUGGCACAGACGGGGCAAGGCUGGAGGGUGUUGAAAUGCAUUCCCUGCCCGUUACCUGCCAGGGCUUGUCUGGACAUGCUGGGACUUGCACCACGAUGAGGUCACGCCGGUUAUGUGCUCAGGCGAUAGGAAGCUGGAGUUCUAUUUUUACUCAGGGAUGCUCAGCCUGGCUCGGGACUGGAGCCAGGGGGGAAGCGUUGGAGAUGGAGCGUGGACCCCCCCCGACACCUGCCGGCAUGUUGGGGUGUGCUGUGCCUGGAGAUGUGGCGCGGGUGAUCUGCAGAGGUUGAAUUGGAGCAGAAGCUUUCCCUGUAGGAGGAUGAACACCCCAUCCUUGAGGAGCUUUGAGUGGGGGGUGCAAGUCUGGGGGUCUGUUUUGGCCCUGACUUUGGGUGUUGGGGUCCCAGAUGAGGUGGCUGAGGAGAAGCUGUUUUGCACACAGGGAUUUUACUUCUGUGAAGCUGUUUUUAAAGCAGAUUUACAGCUAUCCAAGCAGGGACAAACCUUUGCUCUGAGAGCUGCCAAAUCCCAGAGCGUUGUUUGCUUUGCUCUGAUAAUGAGGUUCCUCAUAACCGUGGGUGGUGUGAAGGAUCCAUGACCUCCACAAGAGGUUCCUCGUAACCAUGGGUGGUGUGAGAGAUCUGUGAGCCCCACAUGAGGUUCCUCACAAUCAUGGGUGGUGUGAGGGAUCUGUGAGCCCCACAUGAGGUUCCUCACAACCAUGGGUGGUGUGAGAGCUCUGUGACCUCCACAUGAGGUUCUUCAUAAUCAUGGGUAGUGUGAGGGAUCUGUGAGCCCCACAUGAGGUUCCUCAUAACCAUGGGUGGUGUGAGAGAUCUGUGAGCUCCACAAGAGGUUCCUCAUAACCAUGGGUGGUGAGGGAUCUGUGAGCCCCACAUGAGGUUCUUCAUAAUUAUGGGUGGUGUGAGGGAUCUGUGAGCCCCACAUGAGGUUCCUCACAACCAUGGGUGGUGUGAGAGCUCUGUGACCUCCACAUGAGGUUCCUCAUAACCAUGGGUGGUGUGAGGGAUCUGUGAGCCCCACAAGAGGUUCCUCAUAACCAUGGGUGGUGUGAGGGAUCUGUGAGCCCUACAUGAGGUUCCUCAUAACCAUGGGUGGUGUGAGAGCUCUGUGACCUCCACAUGAGGUUCCUCAUAACCAUGGGUGGUGUGAGAGAUCUGUUGAGCCCCACAUAACCAUGGGUGGUGAGAGAGUUCUAUGAGCCCCACAUGAGGUUCCUCAUAACCAUGGGUGGUGUGAGGGAUCUGUGAGCUCCACACAAGGUUGUUCAUAACCACAGGUGGUACGAGGGAUCCAUGAGCCCCAACAAGUGUUUAAGGUGGAGGACUGGUCAAAAGGGAAGACUUUGCCACUUUACUGCGAAGGCCAAGGCUUUUGGCACCGAUUUGCAAACAAACAAACAGGGUCUUGUUUCUGGUUACCCAACAGCUUCUUGCAGAUAAGGAGGGUGGGUAACACGGUGGUCAAGCUUGUGGCAUGCUUUUGCAGUUGCUUAAAAGGCUUCCUGGCCACUGGACCCAGCUUCUUGAGAUGAAGAAACCAGCCAGAAAAACAUCCUGUUGCUUCACUUGCCCGUGUGCCAACUUGCCUUAUGCCUGUGUGGAAGUAGGAAGGCAGUGGGGUGGUGGCAGUGGGACCUGGUGGCAACAUCAAAGCGCUGAAUGCUCUGCCCCAGCAGCGUUAUAACAGCUGGAGGUGGAAUGGGGAACGUCAACGCUUGUACCUUCCCCAUCUUCUGCGCUGCACCAGGCUUUUUGACCUCAGUCAUGUUCAAGUCUCUGCCCGACACCAUGAAAAUCCCAAGUGGCUCAUCCUGGCCCCUCUCUGGGUUGCCCUGUUGUAAAGCCUAGCUCAGCUUGUCCCACCUUGGCUACCAUGUGCUUUGCCUUGGUAGCAAAUGUGCUGGCUCUCGGUCUUGCUCAACACCCCAGUAACUUGCUCUGCUUUCCUCCCAGUUGCUACGAUGCCCCUGUCUCAGAGCAGGACCGAGCAGAUACCGUGCAGCAGCAAGGUGUGCAGGAACCUCUUUGGCCCUGUGGACCACCACCAGCUCCAGAAUGACUUUGAAGACCUGUUGAGGCAACAGCUGGAAGAAGCUCAGCAACGCUGGAACUUUGACUUUGAGACAGAGACUCCCUUGGAAGGACACUUCAAGUGGGAAAGGGUCUUCCUGGCUGAGCAGCCACCCCAGGAGGUCCACAGCCUGGUCAAGGCCACCGGCAGCAAGAGCAGGAGCUCCUUGGUUCACAAGGUCUCCCCCAAGGACUGUCCUGGCAGGAUUUGCCCUGAGGAAUCUCAACAGAGCUCAGAGGUCUACAGGGCUGGUUCCCCGCGGAGCUUGAAACGUGGGCAGACCACCAUCAAAGACUUCUACAGCUCCAAGCGGAGGAUUGUCCCUGACAAACCCAAGCCGUGACCUGGUGGUGCUCGGCUCCUCUGCCAUCAGGGACAGCUGCUGAUGUUGACCUGCCCUGGGGUGUCCGUGGCUCUUUUCCCCCUUCCUUGUACUGUGUAAACUGUCUGUAUGAAGCAACGUAGAGUCUGUAGUUCCCUAUUUAUGAGUAGCUCUGAGGUCCUGAGGGACCAUCACUGUGUGCAAUGUUUAGGAGUAGCUCGUGUUGAGGCUUGUAGCCCCACAGAGGGGUUGCAGGAGGACUGAAGAGGGCCUGAUGGGACUAAGGCGUUGCCCUGCCUGCGGAGAAGAGUGCCUUCUGCCUUCUCUUGGUGGGGCCAGGCACCAUCCUUGCACAAUCCUGCUGUCCAUCUGAUGGCUGCCCUUUGAAGACACUUGUCCCAGCCACCUGGUGGCACCAGAUAUCCUUAAAGAAUCGCUGGUGUGGAUGGUAGAGCUCUGGGACAGCCUGACCCUGAGGUCACACCUGUUGCUGGCACAUGGUGGUGGCCUUCUUCUGGUCAGGAUGGACCCAGUGGUGGCAAGCCCUUGUCUAUGCGUGGAAAUGAAGUGACGCAGGGGCUGCUCCUUCCCAUGGCUGUUUGGGAGAGGAAAUGCUGUUCUCCAGAAAACCCUCCCUUUGGGUGACUCACUGGUGCUGUCACCUACCAGAGAUGAGCUGCAGAUGGUGACAAACCCACUGGAGGUCCCCAGUGCUGAGGUCACUGUGGGACCAGUGCAGGGUUGGGAGGCUUUGGGGUACCCUGGUGACCCAAAUCCCCACUUUCUCACCUUGUUGUUGGCUUGAGUGGUACUGUGUGUCCCCACGUUCCUGCCUUCUUCAAUGCUACUGCCUGCUCUGGCCGUGUUGGAUUGUCCUAGGAGCAGUCCUGCUCACCAGCAAGGAUGAUGCUGGAAGAUGAAAUGGUAGCUUUUUUUUCUUCCGGAGGGGCUGGUGGGGGAGAGGACCCUCUCACCUGGCUCUGCAUGGCAACAAGCUCCGAUCGCCUUUGGGACCAAGGGAUGUCCUGGAGCAAAGGCCACUUUGUUCCAGCGCUGAAGGACAAGUCCCUGGUCUUGAAGGACUCGACACUGUCAGAUCUCAGCACUUUGAUGGACUUCAUCUCCUGCUCUGCUGGAUUUGGACUCUAGAAACUGGUGCAAGAUGGUCCCGGACAGAAAAGGGAUGGGGUCGACUUCCCGCCUUGCACCGCGAUGCACUUUGCUGUCGGUGAAGCUGGCAAGCUCCCAGCAUUUAAUGUUUAUUUAUAUAUAUCUAUAAAAAAAAGAAAA